GACGGAACAUCUGUGCCUCAGACAAACUCAUGAUGACUUGGAAAACCACAUUAUCUGCUGUCGCAGCGGUGUUUCUGUGUGCUUUGGGAGAAUUCACUGUGCAAAGUCAGAGCAACAAACAGCCCCACAUCCUCUUUAUAGUAGCUGAUGACUAUGGUUUCCAUGACAUUGGUUAUCACAAUUCCGAAAUCAAAACUCCCAAUCUGGACAAACUUGCUGGAGAUGGGGUGAAGCUGGAGAAUUACUAUGUACAGCCGAUUUGCACACCGACCCGCAGUCAGCUGUUCUCAGGCAAAUAUCAGAUCCACACCGGUCUGCAGCACAGCCUCAUCUGGUCGACACAGCCUAAUGGCCUUCCCCUAGAAGACCCCACCCUGGCAGACAAGAUGAAGGAAGCUGGGUACUCCACGCACAUGGUGGGUAAAUGGCAUAUCGGCUUCUACAAGGAAGAGUAUCUCCCUACACGCCGCGGUUUUGACUCCUAUUUUGGUUACUACGGUGGCGGUGAGGAUUACUAUGGCCACAAUACCUGCUCCUACCUGCUGAAAGGCUUCUGUGGUUAUGACUUCAGAGACGGAGAUAAAGUCGAUUAUCAAGACAAGGGGAACUACUCUACACAUGUCUUUACCCAGCGGGCCAUAGACGUGGUUAACUCCCAUGAUCCAAAUCAGCCACUGUUUCUGUACAUAGCCUUCCAAGCUGUUCACGCUCCAUUAGAAGUGCCGGAGAAAUAUACACAGAUGUACGAUUUCAUACAGGAUAAAAACAGGAGGACCUAUGCUGGUAUGGUGACAUGUAUGGAUGAAGCCGUGGGAAACAUUACUAAGGCUUUCCAGGACAAGUUCAUGUUUGAAGACACUUUCAUGAUUUUCACAACAGACAAUGGUGGUCAAAUUCAUGAAGGUGGGAACAAUUGGCCACUCCGGGGCUGGAAGGGUUCACUUUGGGAUGGAGGGAUGAAAGGUGUUGGCUUUGUCCAUGGCAACGGCCUGACCAAACCUGGCACAAUUAACACGGGCCUAAUGCAUGUAACUGACUGGUAUCCAACCCUGGUCAACCUUGCUAAAGGAUCUCUCAAUGGAACCAAACUGGAUGGCCAUGACCAGUGGGAAACAAUCAGCCAAGGCAAGCCCAGUUCACGUCAGGAAAUUCUUCACAAUAUAGAUCCACUCAGUAAAAAAACUGGUCAGCCUCUCCGUAACGCCAGUUUUGACAACACAGUGAGAGCGGCUCUUCGUGUGGGCGACUGGAAGAUUAUCACAGGCGGCCCAGGUAACAGCAGUUGGAUUCCACCCCCACAUAUGGCAGGGAAAACCCAGAUUUCAUCUGAGGCACCAACAAAAAAUCUGUGGCUGUUUAACAUCGCUGUUGAUCCCGAAGAGCGCGACGACAUUUCUGAGCAGUACCCGGAUAUGGUCAGAAAGAUGUUGGAAAGACUACAGGCUUAUAAUGUCACAGCCGUCCCUGUGCGUUACCCCAAACCAGACCCCAGGUCAAACCCCAAGCUCCAUGGCGGGGCCUGGGGUCCCUGGGAGACCUAACGAGACAGUAAUCAAUGAGGAUAUGUCCCACUUAGUAACAGCCAAUCACAUCAAAGCACCCUUUACAAAUCCCUUUUCCUUUAUUUUGUGGCUCCCUUUUAGAUUACGCUCAAGCUGUGAACAAGAUUUGUUUUUAUGUGACUUUUUCCUUGUAAUCUUUGUCAUCUAUUGAGACUUUUGUUUGCUUUGUGCUUUACCACAUUUACGCAUUUUUUUUUACUAACAUUUGUUAGUUUGAGCGUCAGGGCUCAAUAACAGAGAAAGCAUUGUUAACGAAAAUGUUCGGGGUAGUAUCUUAGAAAAUGCAUUAAGCUCAGGUUUUGCACACAUGUUUUUACAGAAUGUAUUCACAUUUGUGUUGGAAAGGAGAAUUACACUAUGCUUCUUGCCUCUUCUCCCAGCCUCACAGAAAUAACCAAGUGCUGCAGUGUUAGUUGUACAAGCUUUAGAAAACACAGGUCUCAGUGUCAUGUUCUUGUUCAGAGCCGGUAUGAACUUAUGAACAGCGUUUUCAUCACUGCAGUUUCGACGUUCUGAAAUGAUUACAGCUGGAUGUGAUAGCUGUACAAACGGACUGUGAAACUUGUACUUUUAUAGGAAUAAUGUAUUGUAUUAAUUAUUUUUUACGUGCUACUUUGUAACACUCAGUGCAUAUUUUUUUAAUAUUCAAAUUACAAGUAUACAUGUACAUGUACUUAUCUUGUUCAAAGACUGGCGCUGGGUCAGAGUGUGUUAAAAAAUUCGAAUGGCUUAAAGCCUUAACGUCUGUUUGGUUAAUUACCAAACUGUCAUAGCUUUAAAGGAAAAUUCUCGGGGUAAAACAAUAAUAUUUUUUUUACAAAUAGUUUGGAAUCAAACCCAUUAACAUUUUAGCCACCUGGGCUGGCGCUUCGAUUUUUGUAUGUCAUGUAACUGAACCAAUCAUUUUGUCCAAUUAGAACAGUCGAAGGGCUUUGUCCCUGACAUAGUUUAAUGCAAAUGUGACCGUCAUGUACAACUAUGUGGGAGCUCUAUAUUAGACACAGGUUAUAUAGCUUUAGUGUUGAUACUGCAAAUGUCAGAUGGGCUCUAUGAGCCAAUUUUUUGGAGGGUCAGAAUGGUUUUGAUGCAGCCUGUAAUUGUUUUUUUAUAUAAAUGCUGAAUCCAGCAUUUGUCAUUUUACAUCGUUUUCUAUGCAAGUUUUUGUAAAUUUUAGUAAAUUGACAUUUUACUCUAUUGGUAUGCAGAGAUUAUGCAUACAUAACUUAAAAUGGGUAGAUAUAAUACAGAGGUGCAGUGGUGCAUUACUUCAUGUAUUUUAAGGGUUUUUUUGUUGAUAUGUCGGCUGUUAUCAGAGCUUUACUAAUUAUGUUUUGUAGUGUUCAUUCUAAUUGCUGUAAUAUAAAUAUAAAUAUAUGAAUGUUAACAUGAUGCU